UACGGCGGCCGAGAGGGCGGCGUGGCAGUCGGCGUCUGAGGAGGCGCGACCAGUAAGCGCGGCAGUUUUUUUUCGGUUGGCGGGAGAUUCCGGCAGCAUGGCGUCCGACUUCAACGCGGCCUUGGCGGUCUCGGUGGACAUCGCCGUCGGCGGCUCCCCCUCGACUUCGGCGCGCGAGGCGUGCUGGCCCGACGGGGCGAACGCCGAGAGCGGCUUCGUGCGCGCCGUCCUGGCGCUGCCGGAGAAGCCGGACACCACCGUGCGCUUCUUCGAGCGCGGCGACUACUAUACGGUGCAUGGAAGGGACGCGCUGCUGGCCGCCGCCGACGUCUUCAAGACGCGGACGGUCAUUCGGAUGCUGGCGCAAGGAAACCGGAAACUUGAAAGUGUUGCGCUUAGCAAGAUGAACUUUGAAUCUUUUUUGAGGAAUCUGCUUUUGAUUCGUCGCUACAGGGCUGAGGUGUAUAAGAAUAAGGCGGGAAAUAAAUCCACCAAGGAGGGAGAGUGGUAUUUGGCAUAUAAGGGCUCUCCAGGGAACCUUGCCCAUUUUGAAGACGUUCUGUUUUCUAACCACAAUAUGUCAUCUUCUGUUGGUGUUGUGGGCAUUCGGGUAUCCUCAGCUGAUGGGCAAAAACUUGUUGGAGUUGGGUUUGUGGAUACGUUAGUGAGGAAGCUGGAAGUAUGUGAGUUUCCAGAUAAUGACCAGUUUUCAAACCUUGAAGCUCUGCUAGUUCAGAUGGGCCCCAAGGAAUGUAUUCUACCUGUUGGAGAGGCUGCUGGAGAGAUGGAAAAGCUGAAAGAGGUUGUUCAGAGAGGAGGGAUUCUGAUUACAGAGAGGAAAAAGACCGAGUUUGUAACAAAGGACAUUGUUCAAGAUCUCAACCGCUUGCUGAGAUCGAAAGGGAAGGAGAAGAUGUCUAGUGCAACAUUACCCGAAAUGGACCAACAGAUCGCCAUCACUUCCUUGGCUGCAGUGAUUAAGUAUUUAGAACUCUUAACAGACGAGUCUAAUUUUGGACAAUUUGAACUCUCCACCAUGAACCUUCAUCAAUAUGUCACACUGGAUCAUUCCGCUGUCAGGGCACUUAACCUUUUCCAGCGUUCUUCAGAAAAUGCUCAAGGUACGCACUGUUUGGCUGGCUUGUUAAAUAAGUGCAGAACGGCCCAAGGACAGAGGUUGGUGAACCAGUGGAUCAAACAGCCCCUAGUGGACAGGAACAAAAUAGAAGAAAGGCUAAACUUGGUGGAGGCCUUUGUGGAAGAUGCAGAGCUGAGGCAGUCUCUUCAAGAAGACGUGCUCCGUCGCUUUCCGGACUUCAACCGGAUAGCGAAAAAAUUCCCCAAGAAAGCCACACUCCAGGACUGUUACAAAAUAUACCAGGCUGUUAAUCAGAUACCGAAUGUGAUAGAAGCACUGGACAAAGUUGACGAAAACAGCAAGACAUUAGUACAAGCAGUGUUCACAGGACCUCUGAGGGAGCUGCUGUCUGACUUCUCCAAUUUCCAAAAUAUGAUUGAUGAAACUUUGGACAUGAACACGGUGGAGAGCCACGAAUACCUCUUGAAACCCUCCAUUGAGCCGAGCCUCAUUGAGCUGAGGGAGAAUAUGGAUAAGCUAGAGGAGAAAAUGCAGGGUGUGCUGAAGGCGGCAGCAAGGGAACUAAGUUUGGAAGCCGGCAAGAGCAUCAAAUUAGAAUGCAACUCCCAGUUUGGGCAUUUUUUCCGAAUCACCUACAGAGAAGAGAAGGUCCUGCGAAACAACCUGAAGUAUAAGGUCUUGGAAACCCAGAAGAACGGGGUGAAGUUCUCUAACAUUCAACUGAAAAGCAUCAAUGAAGAAUACAUAAGUAUCAGAGGAGAGUAUGAAAAAAGCCAGGCCAUCGUUGUUAAGGAAAUCAUUGGCGUUGCCUCAGGGUAUAAGGAGCCCAUACAGAUCCUGAGUGAUGUCAUAGCCCAGCUGGAUGCUAUUGUCAGUUUUGCUCAUGCGUCAAAUGCAGCGCCGACCCCAUACGUACGCCCAACAAUUCUGGAAAAGGGGACAGGGAAGAUUGUGCUGAAAGCCUCAAGACACCCCUGCAUUGAAGUUCAAGAUGACGUUUCCUUCAUCCCGAACGAUGUGACCUUUGAGAAGGGCAAGCAGAUGUUCCAUAUCAUUACCGGUCCAAACAUGGGAGGGAAAUCCACCUACAUCCGCCAGACAGGGAUGAUUGUUCUCAUGGCCCAGAUUGGCUGUUUUGUGCCAUGUGACUCUGCAGAGAUAAGCAUUGUCGAUUGCAUCUUGGCUCGGGUAGGAGCUGGAGACAGCCAGCUGAAAGGCGUGUCUACCUUCAUGGCGGAAAUGUUGGAGACGUCUGCCAUCCUUAGGAUUGCAACAGAAAACUCAUUGGUAAUCAUUGACGAGCUUGGGAGAGGAACAUCUACCUAUGAUGGAUUUGGAUUGGCCUGGGCAAUCUCGGAAUAUAUUGCCAGCAAAAUUGGAGCGUUUUGUAUGUUUGCCACUCAUUUUCACGAACUGACCGCACUUGCUGACGAGAUCCCCACCGUGAAUAACUUGCACGUCACAGCGCUAACCACAGAGGACACGCUGACAAUGCUGUAUCGUGUGAAAAAUGGGCCUUGUGACCAGAGCUUUGGCAUCCACGUGGCAGAGCUAGCUGCUUUUCCCAAGCAUGUGAUAGAGAAUGCCAAGACAAAGGCCUUGGAGUUGGGGGAGUUCCAGACCGUUGGAAAUCCACAGGCCGAGGAGGAAGAGCCACCAGCCAGGAACUUCUACAAAGAGAAGCAGGAAGGUGAAAAAAUAAUCAAGGAUUUCCUUUCUAAUGUGAAAGCAUUGCCACUGGCGGACAUGUCUGAGGAGGACAUCAGAACCAAACUGAAGCAGCUGAAAGAUGAAGUCGGGGCAAAAAACAACAGCUAUGUGAACGAAAUCCUUUCCCAAACAAAGCUAAUUGCGUGACAUGAGAAAAUCUAAACAAGGAGCCAUUUGAACUCAGGUUGGAAGUGCACAGUUGCACUCAGUCAAAGGCCAUUGCCAAAGGACGUGAUGCCACGUCCUGUUUCUCACAAUGGCAGGUGCCAUGUUAAAUACUGGAGACCAGAACAAAAUGUUAUUUCUCAGCUAGGACUUACUUGCAUGUUACUUAUUGAGUGGUUUUCUCCUAUGAUGGGGUUGUGGAUAUGUUUUCUAUGGUAUUCUAAUUUUCUGUGGUAUUCUAAUUUUGAAAUGGUUGCCCUUGAAUAAAUGCAAUGCAUCAUGGUUUAAACUGUUA